CGCAUUCUGAAGAUAACAACUUGCUUGGUAAAUUUGAAUUGAUUGGAAUUCCACCAGCACCAAGUAGUGUUUCACAAAUCAAAGUCACCUUUGAUAUUAAUCAAAAUGGUAUCUUAAACGUAUACGCUGUUGAUAUAACAACUGGAAAAUCUAAUAAAGCCAUUACAGAAGAAACUUUUCGAUUGUCAAGAAAUCGAACGUAUGGAGAUUUCGUGAAAAUGAUGAGAAAGUUGCACAAUCAAUACAAGAAUGAAAUCGAUUGGAUAGUUAUGCAUAAUAUAUUUCAGGACGAGAAAGUUACCGGCAAAUUAGACCUAGCAGAUAAGAAAAGACUUGAUGAUAAUAUUCAAGAAUCAAUUGUAUGGCUUGAUAAUAAUCAAGGUGCAGAGAAAGAUGUAUAUGAUAAUAGCAGAAAUCACUUAAAAAGCAUUGAGAGAGGAACGGUACCAUUUGAUUUUAAAAAUAUCAUUACUGACAUAAACUUUUUCAAGAAAGAUUAUGUUAUAUGUGGUUCUCAGAUCGGAUUUAUGGGUCACAGUUUAGGCUGUGCAAUUGCUACAUUUUCGGCAUUAGAUUUUUUACAAAAAGUUCAAGCAUUAGCUAAUAAAAAUGAUCAAUUAUUUCUUUCUAUACUUGGUCAACCAAAAGUUGGUGAUAAAUUAUUUGCUAAAUAUGCUGGAGAUAACCUAAUUACAAAAAGAUCUAUAGUUAAAGGUGAUCCAGUUCCUCGAUCCAAUAGCUUUAUUGAAUUUGAGACUACUGAAGAUCCAAAUGGUUCUGCAUCGGUAUCUUUGUUCUCAUUAAAACUUAAUUCUCAUACGGGUCCCUAUUUUGGUGGAGUUACUAUAAAAGAUUGUGAUAAAAAAGCCGAAGGGCAAAGCGUUAAAAACGACGAUGAUAAAGAAUUCGAAAAUUACGAUUUAUCAACUGAUCCUAAAUUCAAUUAUGACAAAGAUUACGAUUAUGGAGUGUUGACGAUGUUAAGGGAGUUAAUGGCGUUGACGUUGACAUCGCACCUUAUUGAAUCAAAUAAAACAUUGUUCGUAAUUAAUAUAAACCGUGAGCAUGGUGAAGAGCAACAUGUUAAUGCAAUACUUGCCAGUUAUCCUAUUAUGCUCAAAAGUGCUGGUGUCAAAGAAAUAAAACCACCAAAUUUUGAAAUUCGGGUCAAGCAACACGAUCAGUCAAGUAUUAAUAGAACUCGAGCAUUUAAUUUUCUAUUAGAUCAUUGA